CUUAACUUAACUGAAACAACUGAAAAGAGAAAACACCCACUUCCCACUUCCUUAAUUUCUCCGAAAACAUAUUCACUUACUAUAAAUGGAUAAGCUGAUGAGGAGCUACAAUCAGUCAGUGAGGCUUGCUUCCGACAGCCCGAAGAAGCGGGCGGGCCGGAAGAAGUUCCGCGAGACGCGGCACCCGGUGUACCGCGGGGUGCGGCGGCGGGGCUCGGGCAAGUGGGUGUGCGAGGUGAGGGAGCCCAACAAGAAGACCAGGAUCUGGCUCGGGACGUUCGCCACCGCCGAGAUGGCCGCGCGCGCGCACGACGUGGCCGCCAUCGCGCUCAGGGGGCGCUCGGCCUGCCUCAACUUCGCCGACUCCACGUGGCGCCUCCCCGUCCCGGCCUCCUCCAGCGCCCAGGACAUCCGGAAGGCGGCAGCCGAGGCGGCCAAGGCGGAGUCGUUUGUGGAUGAGGAGGAGGUGUUUGGGAUGCACGGAUUAGUGUCGAAUCUGGCGGAGGGGUUGAUGCUCCCGCCGCCUUUCCACCUUGAUGACGUGGAUAUCGAUGCUGACGUGGCUCUUUGGAGUUAUUCUUUCUGAUCAAUUGUUUUGCUCCAAUUCGAAUUCGCACUCCACUUUUUAUUGGCAAGUGCGAAUGUUAGGAAAUAAGUAUAUACCAAUAUGGAAAUAUUUAAUUUAAUACUGUA